AUGGGCACCCGCAGAGACAAGGGCUGGCUGUCACCAGGAGGAGCAGCAGCAUCAGGUCCCCUCCGCAGCUCACUCCCCGCCUGUGCAUCUCCCUGGGCGCUGCUGCUCCCCUCCCUGCGCCCUCCCAUCUCCCUCCCUGCUGUAGAAUCCCCUCUGUCCCACCGCUAUCCCUUGCCUCUACUCUCAACCAUCUCGCCAGCCCUCCCAGCACCUGCUCUCACUAGCUCGCCAAUCGCCCCUCUCUCCCCCUCCUCCCCUCUUCCCUCUACCAACCCAGCAGCCAGUAAGCCAGCAGCUUCCUCCCCCAUCCUCCCUGCCACGCCAGCAGCAAUUGGGUCAACGGCCUUCUGCCCUCUCCCGUCGUCCAGCUUUCUGCUCUCCUUGACCCCAGCAGCGAUUAAGUCCACUGCUUGUUGCCCGUGGGAGGCGGUGGUGACUUGGGCGCCCCAGCGGGCGAGGGAGCGGCGGGCCACGAGGAGGUUGACGGGCGUGUCGUCCACCAACCAGCACUCGCAGCCCCCCCACCCACGCCCGCGUCACCGCCUCAUCCGCCGCCGCCCGCAAGCCUGA